GCACACAUACACAUAAGCCCAAUAAAAUAAAUCAAAAGAAAGUAAAAUUACGACGCGUCGUUCAAUCGAACUGCGAAUAUACAGCAUAUAAAAACUUUAUUUCAAUAAAAUCAAAAGCGAGAAAAACUUUCGCUACUUCAGUGGCAAAAACAAAAACAAAAUAUACUCAUAUAUAAAAAAAAGCAGAGAAUUUUUGUAUUCGGCGAAGCGAAGAUUAAAUGCGCUUCUUACAACAAAAACCUGUUCUAUCAGAUAUACAGGUAUUUGAUAUACAGCUAGCUGUCGUCAGGGUAUAAGAAAGGCGUUGAAUGGAAUUCGUUCAGUUUUAAUUUUGUGCUGGGUGAAGUAUUAUUAUCAUGGUCAAGCCGGCGGAGCCUACGCAUGCGUAGAAUACAAAUACACGCACACAUGCAUGAGUGUGGAGAUUGGCAAAGUGGACGUGCCACAGGCCAGAACCACUUUUUUUCUGCCGGUUGCUUGUCAUGUGAAUUUGGGUGAAAUGUUUGUCGCUGGCUUUCAAAUUCGUGGCUGACUUUUCAGUUUGCAACGAGCCACACGAGUUGGUGGUGUCGCCUAAGCGUAGAGAAAGCCACCACACAAACUUUUUGUGAAAUGUCUUGGAGCUGCCUGCCGAUCUGCGUGCUGCUGCUGCUGCUCGGAUCAGCUGCAUCUCAGCAGUACAACACGUCAGCAGAUCCCUCGCCGGGCACAACGCCAGCAUCGCCACUGCUGAAGCAGUCCCAGAAUACGUUUGUACAAUGGGUUCUAUCAUUGUUGCCGCAGCGCCCCGGCUCUGCCCCAGAAACGGCCACAGUGGCCACACUGAGCAGCUCAGCGACAGCGCCCACUGAGAUGCCAGCCAUUGUGACCUCAACAACCACAACCGUGGCCCCCACGACAACCCGAAAAGCGACAACACCGGCACCUCCGACCUUAAGCCCGCCACGGAACUGCACCGAUUGCGUCUGCGGGCUUGCCAACAUUCAGAAGCGCAUUGUAGGCGGUCAGGAGACGGAGGUGCAUCAAUAUCCCUGGGUUGGCAUGUUACUCUAUGGCGGACGCUUCUAUUGUGCCGGCUCUCUACUCAACGAUCAGUUCCUGCUAACUGCCUCGCACUGCGUCUAUGGGUUCCGCAAGGAGCGAAUCUCUGUCCGUUUGCUGGAGCACGAUCGCAAGAUGUCGCAUCUGCAAAAGAUUGAUCGGAAAGUAGCGGAGGUCAUCACGCAUCCAAAGUACAACGCACGCAACUACGAUAAUGACAUUGCCAUCAUCAAGCUGGAUGAGCCUGUGGAGUUUAAUGAGCUGCUGCAUCCAGUUUGCAUGCCCACGCCAGGUCGCAGUUUCAAGGGCGAAAUUGGCAUUGUCACUGGCUGGGGUGCGCUUAAAGUGGGUGGCCCCACUUCUGAUACACUCCAGGAGGUUCAAGUGCCCAUUUUAGCGCAAGACGAGUGCCGCAAGAGUCGUUAUGGCAACAAGAUCACAGACAAUAUGCUCUGUGGUGGCUACGAUGACGGCGGCAAAGAUUCCUGCCAGGGCGACAGCGGCGGUCCCCUACACAUUGUGCCUAAUGGCACGCGCGAAUAUCAGAUUGCCGGCGUCGUAUCUUGGGGCGAGGGCUGCGCCAAGGCUGGUUAUCCAGGCGUAUAUGCGCGAGUGAAUCGCUACGGCACCUGGAUCAAAAACCUCACUAAACAAGCCUGUCUGUGCCAUGCAGAGACCAAGAAGAUCAAGUAAUUGGUACAGACUUCAGCAUUCGUAGUAGUAGUAGUAGUGAUGCCCAAUAAUACACUUGCAAAUGGGUUAGUUCUUAUUAAAAGUAAUUCAUAGCAGCCUUAAAUUAAAUCAACACUUAAAUUAUUUUCAAUGAUGCGCAAUAACUAUUAUUUGACGAAAUCCAAGUUUUUAUAUCCAAAAACUUUUAUUUUUUCGUGAAACCUCCGCAGAAAUAUUUAAGACAAAAAGCAAUUGAAAGUUUAGUUUUUUAAUAUUAAAAAAACUAGUUCCUUUCUUUUUAUAUGUUGCGCUUAUUAUCCCACAAAAUUAUCAAAAUUCACCUAAAUUAAAGAAAUUUGUUAGCAAACGCAUCUGCAAGUGUAUUAAAGACUUCGACUAUUCGAUAAUAUUUAUAUGUCUUUACCUUAU